CGUAAGGCAUGAAAAAUCUUAAGCAGUUUAAUUUUUGUUGGUUGAAACUCUUUAAAAACAAGGUACAAAAAGUAUAAAUUGUAAUCAUCUUUAUUUAGUUUUAGUUUUUUUGAAACACACACUCAAGUUGAAAUUAUCUUCUUGCAUAUUAUUUUUGAAUUGUGAUCUGUGAAUCAAGUUAUAUCUUGCGUGAUGAUGGCUUCUUCAAGUGGUAGAUCUAAACAAGAAUUGCCAGAGGAUUUAUCUCAUAUUGAAUUUGAGACAAGUGAAGAUGUCGAGGUUAUACCUACAUUUGAUGGAAUGGGAUUAAGACAAGAUCUUCUUCGUGGUAUAUAUGCUUAUGGAUUUGAGAAACCUUCAGCAAUUCAACAGAGAGCCAUUAAACCAAUUAUAAAAGGUCGAGAUGUAAUUAGUCAAGCUCAAUCUGGUACUGGUAAAACAGCUACCUUUUCCAUUGGAAUACUUCAAACAAUUGAUACCCAAAUAAGAGAGACACAAGUUUUGAUUUUAAGUCCAACAAGAGAAUUGGCUGUACAAAUUCAGAAAGUAAUUCUUGCACUUGGAGAUUAUAUGAAUGUCCAAUGUCAUGCAUGUAUUGGUGGUACAAAUCUUGGUGAGGAUAUAAGAAAAUUGGAUUAUGGUCAACAUGUUGUUUCUGGUACUCCUGGUCGUGUUUUUGACAUGAUAAAAAGACGUAAUUUACGAACACGAUCAAUAAAAAUGUUGGUCCUUGAUGAAGCAGAUGAAAUGUUAAAUAAAGGAUUUAAGGAGCAAAUUUAUGAUGUAUACAGAUAUUUACCACCUUUUACCCAAGUUGUACUUGUUUCGGCUACAUUACCUCAUGAAAUUCUGGAAAUGACAAGUAAAUUUAUGACUGAUCCAAUACGUAUUUUGGUUAAACGUGAUGAACUUACUUUGGAAGGUAUAAAGCAAUUUUUUGUUGCCGUUGAACGAGAAGAAUGGAAAUUUGAUACUUUGUGUGAUUUGUACGACACAUUGACCAUUACCCAAGCUGUAAUAUUUUGUAAUACCAAAAGAAAGGUUGAUUGGUUAACCGAGAAAAUGAGAGAAGCAAAUUUCACUGUCUCAUCAAUGCAUGGUGAUAUGCCACAAAAAGAAAGAGAUGCUAUAAUGAAAGAAUUUCGAUCUGGACAGACUCGUGUAUUGAUAACUACUGAUGUUUGGGCUCGAGGUAUCGAUGUACAACAAGUGUCUCUUGUGAUAAAUUAUGAUUUACCAAAUAACAGAGAACUUUAUAUUCACAGAAUUGGUAGAUCAGGACGAUUUGGUAGAAAAGGUGUUGCCAUUAAUUUUGUUAAAAAUGAUGAUAUUCGAAUCCUUAGAGAUAUCGAACAAUAUUACAGUACACAAAUUGACGAAAUGCCUAUGAAUGUCGCUGAUUUAAUAUAAAUUAUUAAAUCAUCUACUAUCAUCACUUAUCAUUUACCAUGUAUUUCAUUUCAUCACAUAAAAAACAUUAAAUAAAUUAAUAAUAAUAAACCUUCCAUAUUUCAUACAAA